CCUACCUGAUGACCGCAACUCACCAGUGACCUCUACAUCGGACCACUGGACACAAAAUGGCGGCUUUUUGACAACAACAAAAACUUCGCUCAACCAGCGAUGUUGCAAAAAUCAGCUCAGCUUCAAUCACCCCCUCCCCACCGCUCCACACAUCUAUCAUCUAUUCAAGAUGACAUCGCUGUAUAACAGACGUCGCAUCAAACUCAGAACACUUUCUGACAUCAUACAUCAUCACCCAUCAAAUACUAUACAACGAUUUUCUAGUCGAUCAGUUUAUUAUGAAGUACAAAUUACAAAUUAAUAUACAAGUUAAUCAGUGAUAAUUUACCAAAAGUACGUCUAGUCGAGUGGAGUAUUCCUGUGCCACCAAAGUAUUUGUGUGAAUUGAGUCUAGUGUAGUGGAAAAUUGCUCCAAACGAAAUAUUUUGCCACCGAUAUAUCAUCAAAGAGCAAAUUUGGUCUCAUAUUUUUGUUUGACGUCUGAAAAGUAACUUUAUUUUAAGUGACAUUUAAAUUUUUAUAAAGAGAGUGACAUCUCUACGAAUUUCGACAGUUCCGAUAAUUUCUUCCGGGUGCAGAUAUCUCAAAGAGUGAUUUAUAUCAUAAGAAACCAGUUUUCAGAUUUUAUUCGUCUUGCUAAAGGUGCGAAAAACGUACAAGUUUUUCUUCUAAUAAAUAAUAGGCUACACAGUUGGAAUUUUUCGUAUCGUCAGUGAAACUCCCAUAUUAUAUCAACGUGUAUUAGCUCAAUUUUUUCGAAAACUUUCUGCUGGCGAAUAUUGAAAGAUAUUUGAGAUUUAUCGAAAAUUUUAGUGCCUGUUUAUAGUGGAAAUAGGAUACAACCAGUGAGAACUACAAUAGUGCUUAAAUUUUUAAUCUGGGGUUCAAGUCAUACUUACAGAUUUUCAUACUGUUGCAUUUAAACGCAGUAUAAUACUUAAUUAUUCAAAACUUCACCUCCUAGUGAUUUGUUUCAUGAUCUAUAUCCAAUAUAGGCUACCAAGAAUUUGAGCAGUAGCUUAUACUUGAUUUUCAUCAAUUCUUGGUCUCUCUAUUGUAAACUACAUCAAAUAUACAGUGGAAAACUAGUAGAGUCCUUCGAUUCAACAAAUCUGACUGUGAUUUUGAAUCCACCUCAGUGUAUAUCAAUUUACACUGACUAUCACCUAUAUUACAAGCUCUUCCUACAACUUCAAAAUUUCUUCAACAAAAUCUCUACAAGCUAUUAACUCAAAAAUCCAAGUUCUUGACUUCAGAAUUCCAAGCUCUCAACCUCAAAAUACCGAGUUACUCUACGUUAUUCUGCAGGGUUAAUGCUGAUAAGCUCUAAUAAGUACGUACUCUACGAGUUCUCGACUUGUAAGAUCCAAAUUCACAAAUUCUGAGAUUCAAAUACUCAACUAAGAGUACCAAGGGAGGAUACCUACAAGAACAGUAACUACUUUAUAAGUUACGACUUGUAAAAUUCAAGUUGUUGAAUUCGAAGCUCUCAACUUCUAAAAUUCAAGUGUUCGACUUGUAAGUUUCAACUUCUCAGCUUCCAAAAUUCAAAUAUUCAAACUCUGAAUACCAAAAAGUAUAAGAGAGGAUACCCUCAAGAACAAUAACUACUCUACAAGUUAUCGACUUUUAAAAUUUAAGUUAUUAAAUUUGAAGCUAUCGACUUCCAAAAUUCAAGUGCACGACUUGUAAGCUUCAACUUCUCAGCUUCCAAAAUUCAAAUACUCAAACUCUGAGUACCAAGAGAUAAUACCCACAAGAACAAUAACUAAUCUACAAGUUAUCGACUUUUAAAAUUUAAUUUAUUAAAUUUGAAGCUAUCGACUUCCAAAACUCAAGUGCACGACUUGUUAGCUCCAAGUUCCAAGAUUCAAUUUCUGAAUACCAAGAUAUCUUGUAACUCGACUUGAACUUGACUUGUAAGAUCCAAGUGCUUAACUCUUGAAACCAAGUUCUCAACGAUUUUUCGACUAGUCAAAUAUUAGAACCUGACUUGUAAGCUCCUAGUUCUCAACUCCUGAAUCCAAUUUCUCGACUAGUCAAAUAUCAGAACUCGACUUGUACGAUGAACAACGGAGGCCGUAGCGUGGACGUGACGGCUACGCCGACGGUAGCUACGGACGGACGGGUGGCUACGGACGGACGGACGACUACGGACGGACCUGUGUCUGUGACUGACGACGAAAAGGCGAAGACGGUGGUGCACCUGAUGCUGAGCUUUCGUCAUCUGUGUGUGGUGACCGUGUCCCUGCCUUUGGGUGCGAUGGUCAUCUGCUUUGUCACCGCCUAUAUAUUCCAGCCCGACGAGAUACAUGAGACACAUUGUCGCGUAUACAACAUAAUCCCGUCAAUAAGCGCCAUCACAGGUGUGAGCCCGCAGCGAUACCUGUGGCGCAUCUGUGUGGCCUUCCACAUAGGACCGCGCAUCCUCAUCGCCUCAGUCUACAGGUCCUACUACCGGGGCCAGUUAGCUGCCGCCAGUAUACUGGACGCCAGUAACGAGGCAGUCAAGCGCCAGGGGCCGCUACUACUGGCCGCCUGUUACUGGCUCAAUCUCAUCGAGAUAGGCGCGCUCUGCGGGGUCACCUAUAUAUCUAACCGCGAGAAUUAUCCCGUACACGAAAAGAUAUUCAUCUUGUUCAUGUUGUGUUCGCUGAGCCACAUGUUGGCAACACUGAAGCUGUUCAAGCUGGUGCAUCCGACUAUGAGUGGCAGUGAGAAAGCCUCCUAUGCCAUCAAGAAAUUCCUGUUCGCGACGUCCAUCGCCUCCACCAUUGGCCUGAUGCUCUUCUUUGCGAAGCACAGGCUGCUUUGUCACGAUAUGGCGUUCAGCUGGUUUGCUCUAUGCGAAUACGUGAUCGCCAGCGCCAAUAUGGCUUUCCACGUGACCGUUGUCUUCGAUUUUCCCGCCGAAAAGCUGAUAGUGGCGCGCGGGUUGCAUUCGAUAAGCGGCAAAAAAACGAACUAACCGAACCAGUAUUUCAGCACACUCUAUCAUCGUCCUCAUUCUUCUUCUUCUUCUUCUUCUUCAUCGUCUUCGAUUUUCUUCUUUCUCUCUCUCCAUCCAACGUCCGUCUUCUAUUGCGUCAAUUGUUUAUCCUUGUUGAAAGAAAAGGUGAGAAUUGUUUGGAAUUGUCAGUAAUAGGUGGAUAAUAUGGGUGAAAUAGGAAAAGGCUGGGUUCACAUUUGUGUGGGUAAAGUUGGGAGCUUUUUGUUGGGGCGGCCAAAUGUCGACUUGGUUAUAGAUGGCCCUGGGAGUAAGUAAGUGAAAAGUGAAAUUCAGUUACGUUACUGUAAUGAAAACACAAGUUUAAAUUGUCAACCACUUUUUAUAAAGUGGUUGACCACAUAGAAAGUGGUUGACAAUUUAAAUUUGUGUUUUCAUUAUGGAAAAGUACCACAUCACUAACAACACAACUGUUUCGUUACUGUAAGUUAUUCAGUACUUUAUUUUUUAUACCAGUACUUUCAAUACAAUUUAUUUAGGAAGAAAACCAGAAAAGUCAUUAACUAUUCAAAUUAAAGAUAAUUUAGAUAAAUUUUGAUAAUUUAUUCAAUAAGGUCAGAUUUACUUUUCACCAUUCAACACAUUCUCCAGUCCAAAAAUGUUCAAUUUAUUCCAAUAAUUUAAAUGAUUCUAUGAGAAAUAGUUAGUUUUUCUUCCUUUGGAAGAUACUUAAAAUGUAUUGUCAAUAAUUAUUUUAACUCAUAAAAUAAUGGUGCAGAUUUUAGGAAAAGGUUUUUCAACACUACAGCCCAAUAUGAGCUUUGACCGCCUCCACUACAGCUCUCCACGCUUCUCGGUCCUCUGUUAAUUAUCUCCAUCCUCUAUAUCCCAUUUUUUUGAGAUCGUCUCUCACUUCAUCUUCCCACCUUAUUCUCGGCCUUCCUCUCUUUCUUCUUGAAUGUAGCCUCUCCUUGGAUAUUAUUUUAGGAAAAGGUUACCAACAAUUAACCAAUUUACAGAAUUUAACAUAAAGACUCCAUCAUAAUGUGGAAUUGAAACUAUAUUAAAAAACCUCUCUAGACCUCGAUUAAAAAAUAGUCUAGUGAAAUCCACUUCAGAAUGUCUGAAUGGGAGGAGUUGAUAAGUGGAUCUCACCCUAGAAAUUCCUAUUUCAUAGUAAAAUUAAUAUUCUCAUUCAAUAUAGAGCCACUAAACCAAUUUUUGAUUGAUUCAUACAAUGAGUACAUCACUAAAAUGAUAGGGAGAAAAAAAUAAGGUAACCUUGUGUCUUCCUCUACCAAAUUUAGAUAAGUUUACACAUAGUCCGAAAUGGAACCAUAUUUAUUCUGUUGUUUAAUGAAUUUUAUAUAGAUUGUUGUGGUGCUAUUUAUUUCAUGAUCUUGGAGAACUUUUCUUAUUGUAGUUAAGCACUUGAGAUUCGUCCUAAUUUUUUGUCGUGAACAAGAAAUACUCCAGAAAGAGAACGUCUAGAAUUUGAAAUACUUUUCCCAAUUUGAAGUUA